CAUAAACCCUGGGACCCAAACUCAAAUUCUGUCUGGAUCCUGUUAUUUAAGCAGCACUUUGACUUUUACUAAUGCUGGUUAAAAACCCCUAUAUUUUAGGCUUUGUGAUAUAAAUGACACUUUGUAAUUGUUUCUUUAAGGACUGUACAAAAACUGUGCAAGCUCCACUUUGCACAGUGCUUUUUAUUUCUUUAUCUAUUCUGGUGAUUGGGAAAUGACAGUAGAAAUGACAGUAGGCAGAGAUUUUUCCUUGUGGGGGUCAAAAAAAAAAAAAAAUCCCAUCGAAGCAAACACCCCCUGCAUUGAGUUUUCCAGGGCAAACUUCCUAGAAUUUCCCCUGUUGUCAGGAAUAAUCUGUAAAUAAUCACAGAUUCUUCUCAGUGUUGCUGGUUUGAGGCACACUUUUACACAGAGUAGCUUUACUUCUAGUACAAGAACGGUUGUUAAACCUUCUAAAAAAUGCAGUAAUAUAUAGCAUUAGUAUAUGUGGUAAAUAUGCUUAAAACUCUAUUUACAAGGAGAAGUUACACGUCAGCCUGAUAUAGUUGUUAAAUAUGAAUUAAUUCAGACAUUAUUUGGCAUAUUUGGUACAAGUGUCCACUGUCUUUCAUUCCAUUUCAGAUGAGCUUUGCCUCCAAGGACUUCGAGGCACAAAACUGAUGUUAGUGUUUCUCUAUAAAUGGUCAGUCGUCAUUAAGUCAAUAAUAGUAGCAUGGUGGUUUUUAAGACAAUACCACCUUAGAGUUCAAAGGUCAUGUACAUUAAGCAGUGGGGUCAACAUAAAGAAUUCCUGAAAUCUUUUUAUUAUUAAAAUAACUGAGGAUAGGGACUUUUUGUUUUUUAACACACCGGUCUGCUAGACAGAAACCUGACCUAUGAAGUUUUUAGUGUUUUAAUGCUUUUGUUCCAACUUUUCAGUUGCAGAAAUCGAUUUUGAAAUGCAUUUUCCUUUGUCCCUGGACACUUUUGUUUGUUGUAGUGCAUUUAUACACACACGUUCACGCAGUGUUUUGCUGGUUUGUAGUCCAUAAAUUAAUAAUCCGUUAAUACUAAACAUUGCCACAACUGGUCUUUCUCAACUGUGUGCAGCAUGCGCGGCCGUGACGUCACAGUGGGUUCUCCUCCGGUCACCUCAGCGGGAAGCCUCCAUUCGUGACGUCGCCGCCGCUCGCCCGCUAUCGCCGUACGCUCCAGUAGGGAAGAGACAGCGGAGGAUGAAGACACGGAGUGAGGACACGCUGCGUGGACACGAUCGUCUCAUCUAGGACAACGUCAUGCUCAGUCUACUGCGCCCCCUACUGGUGAUUUCCUGCUGGUGCCUGCUGCUGCCCAGCUGUCAGAGCAGGAUCAGCAGGUACAACAAUGGUUUCCACUACCAGGAUAUCAGCAACGGCAACGGCAAUGGAGAGAUCUAUUUCAAUGGGAUUCGCCUCCAUGUGGAAUCCCCGCAGCAUUCAGUGUCUGCCACAAGAGGGAGCAGUGUGACCCUGCCUUGUCACUACCACUAUGAACCUGAGAUUGACAAACCACGCAAGACUAGGAUCAAAUGGUCCUGGGUACCGGCCAACACCGUUGCUGCACUUCCUUCCCCUGACGUCCUGGCCAGGGAAACAGAGGUCAUGGUGGCAAUGGGCAACCGUCAACGCAGCUAUGGCAACUUCAGGGGCCGUGUUCGUCUGAGACGUUCAGUACCAGGAGACCUGUCUCUGGUGAUCAAUGAGCUGCAGCUCAAUGACACGGGGAGGUAUCGGUGUGAGGUGAUUGAUGGCCUGGAGGAUGAGAGUGUGGUUGUGGAGCUGGAGCUGAGAGGCGUGGUGUUUCCCUACCACUCUCAGAAAGGUCGUUACCACUUCAACUUCUUUGGGGCCCAACAAGCGUGCCAGGACCAGGACGCCACCCUGGCCACGUUCGAGCAGCUCUUCUCAGCAUGGGAGGAGGGACUGGACUGGUGUAAUGCAGGCUGGUUAGCAGAUGGUACGGUGCAGUAUCCGAUCACAGUUCCUCGGGAGGGCUGCGGGGGCAUAGAACUGGCCCCCGGUCUGCGUAGCUAUGGUCAGCGCCAUAGGUUCCUCCACACCUACGAUGCUUUCUGCUUCUCGGCCUCGAUCAAAGGGAGCGUGUACUUCUUGAAGCAUCCGACCAAGCUCAACUUCACAGAGGCCGCCCAGGCCUGUGUCUCUGAUGGAGGUCAGAUCGCCAGAGUGGGUCAGCUGUAUGCUGCCUGGAGGCUGCUGGGCUUUGACCGCUGUGAUGCCGGUUGGUUGGCUGAUGGUAGUGUCCGUUAUCCUAUCACAAAACCCCGGGCCAACUGCGGUCCAAUGGAACCAGGAGUGCGUAGUUUCGGGUUCCCCCCUCUGUCUCUGAAGUCUGGUGUCUACUGCUAUCGGCAGAUCGAUAGAAACAACACAGGAAAAACCAUCUGAACACACACUGUGUUAAAGCUGAAAUACCUGAGGCCAGGUUGGUAAUUGUUCAAACGUAGACUGUAGAGAAGAACUGGACGAAGCAGCUCUAUUCCAAAUAUGGAGCAGUAGGUAGAAAGGAACUCUAGUAGGGAACCACUAGGGGGCGACACCACAAAAGAUCUUCAUUUGAUUCACAGCUAAUAAGACAGUCCGUCCACUUGUCAAAAAAAAU